UCCGCGGAGGGGGGCGGUUGGCGGCUCCCGAGCCCAACGCCGCACUCCGUCCGGACCCCGUGACCGGCGGCCGAGGCCCCGCCUCCAUCUGUCCGUCCUUCGGGCCGUCCGCGCAGCCGUGCGGGUGAGGCGGGCGGCGGGGAAACGCGGCUGCCUAGGGUCGGGGUCUGGCGGCGGGGCGGGGCCUGGGAGGAAGGCGGGGCCUUCGGGGGCCGGGGCUCGGGCUGGGGGCGGGGCCGGGGCGGGUUCGGGAGGGGCCGGGUUCCGCUCUCGAAGGAGCCGGGCGCGUGGAAUUCCACGCGAGUGCCGGGGAGUUCCUGGGGAGCCUCCAGUCUCCUCCUCUGCACCCCCGCGUGUUGACUGACCCGCCUCGCACAGCCCUUCCUAAGGUGUGGAGAGCGGGCCCCGCCCUGAAGGGGCACCGUGGGCUGGGGGGCCUGUUUUGGAGCAGGCACCCGUGGCCGAGCUCCGCGGUCAUGAAGGUCAAGGUCAUCCCAGUGCUUGAGGACAACUACAUGUACCUGGUCAUCGAGGAGCUCACGCGCGAGGCGGUGGCCGUGGACGUGGCCGUGCCCAAGAGGCUGCUGGAGAUCGUGGGCCGGGAGGGGGUGUCCCUGACCGCCGUGCUGACCACCCACCAUCACUGGGACCACGCGCGGGGAAACCCGGAACUGGCGCGGCUGCGUCCCGGACUGGCGGUGCUGGGCGCGGACGAGCGCAUCUUCUCGCUGACGCGCAGGCUGGCGCACGGCGAGGAGCUGCGGUUUGGGGCCAUCCACGUGCGCUGCCUCCUGACGCCCGGCCACACCUCCGGCCACAUGAGCUACUUCCUGUGGGAGGACGAUUGCCCGGACCCCCCCGCCCUAUUCUCGGGGGACGCGCUGUUGGUGGCCGGCUGCGGCUCGUGCCUGGAGGGCAGCGCCCAGCAGAUGUACCAGAGCCUGGCCGAGCUGGGCACCCUGCCCCCCGAGACGAAGGUGUUCUGCGGCCACGAGCACACGCUCAGCAACCUGGAGUUUGCGCAGAAGGUGGAGCCCUGCAACGACCACGUGAGAGCCAAGCUGUCCUGGGCUAAGAAGAGGGACGAGGACGAUGUGCCCACGGUGCCCUCGACUCUGGGCGAGGAGCGCCUCUACAACCCCUUCCUGCGGGUGGCAGAGGAGCCGGUGCGCAAGUUCACGGGCAAGGCGGUCCCCGCCGACGUCCUGGAGGCGCUCUGCAAGGAGCGGGCACGCUUCGAACAGGCAGGCGAGCCGCGGCAGCCACAGGCACGGGCCCUCCUUGCGCUGCAGUGGGGGCUCCUGAGUGCAGCCCCCAACAAGUGAGCGCCCCCCCAGACCCUCACACGGCUGGGUCUCACAUCCCUCUUCGCGACCUCAGCCAGCUGGACUCACGCAAGGGGCACCUCUGGAAGCUUCUUCGAGGCUCUGGCCUGCCAGCUGCCCAGCCUCAGAGGGUGGACGUGCAUGACCACUCUGUCAGGCCCGUGUGGGCCUGGAGACCUGGGUGUUUGGGAAGUGGGGUGCACGGAGCUUCUGAACCUUGAAUAAAGCC